AUGGAGCCCAAUGAUCAAGAAUCAAUCCUAUUGAAGUUAAUAGAAAAAUUUUAAAGGUUAAUGGAUCAGUUUAAUAAAAAUAAAAAAAGAAAUAUAUCUGUGGUUUUAUUAGUUGGAGUAACAGGAUCUGGAAAAAGCACUAUUUUCAAUUUCUUAAGCGGAGCAGAUUUUAUAAUUGAUGAAAACAAUGAAUUGGUUAUAAAGAAUCCUUCAAAUAAGUUUUCUAAAAUGAUUGGAGGAAUGAACUCUGUCACAAAGGAACCAAACUUUUACCAUAAUACUUAAAAUAAUCACUUAAUUGUUGAUUUUCCUGGAUUUCAAGAUACAAAUGGGGAAUGGGAUCAAUUAUUAUUUGAACUUUUAUUUUAUAAGAUUGUUACUUCUGGUCCAAUAAAGAUUAUAUAUGUGAUAAAAACUCCUGAAAAUAGUCUACCUAAUAGAGGGUCAGAUCUUUAAGAAUUUAUUAAACAAGUAUUCUUAAAAGGAAACGUUAAUAUCCAACAAUUUAAUUUAUUAUUAAAUUGUUAUUUAGAAGAUUUAUAAGAAGAAUAGUUACGAAAUAAAAUAAAAGAUGAUCUAAAAUAUGUUAAUUUAUCAUAAUAAAUUGAUAAAAUACUUAUAGUAAGAAAAGCUAAAAAGAACGAUUAAUUAAACCAAAUUUUCAAUCAUUAAUAACGAUAAAUUUUAUGGUAAUAGAUAGAAUAAAUGCAAGCGAUUAAAAUUCUUCCAUAAAAACUACCUAAAAGUGAAAUUAUAAGUGAUUACUUGAGAUCUACGACAUUAUAAACAAUUGAAAAGUAUGGAAAUGUGUUAUGUGAUCUUUUCGAUAACUCAUUUACAACAUUAUCUGAAUCAUAAAGUCAGAAAACUCAAUAAUAAAUGUAAAAAUUAUUAUAAGUGAUCAAAAUAGACAAUAAUGAAUCCCCUUUGAAUUGGUACACUAAUUUUAUUUCUAUUUGUGAAGAAUUGACAAAAAAUCUUCCAGCUAAAUCUAAUAUUUUAAAUUCUAAUAAUAAUUUCAAAGAGAUAUUUGUAUACUUUUCAUAAUUUUCUGAUCUUAUCAAGGGAUAUGACGAGAUGACCAUAAUGAAGUCUAUUGCUCAAGAUUAAUUAAAAAAAGUAGAAGAAAUAAUAUAUACAAGACUAAAAUUUUUAGAAAAAGCAUAAAAGGAUAGAGCAAAAAUUAGUUAGAUGGAAAAUCAAAAGAAUAAAUUACAACUAAGCAUGAUUAGUUAUGAAUCUUAAAUAAAAAAUCUUAGUAAUGAAUUAGAUUAAUCAAAAAGCUAAAUAAAUAAAUCAAAAAGUGAAAAAGAUAAAAUAGAAAGAGAGAAUUAAUCAUAAAUAAGAGAACUUUAAAGAUAGUUAGCAUUAGCUCGAUAAUCACACUCUAAUAUAGAUGAUGAAUAAAAAAAUCAUUUACAAAGGUAGAAUUCGGAAUAUUAAAACAACAUUUAAAUCUUAAAGUAAUAGUUAAGAGAGUAUAAAUAAAAUGAAGAAACAGAAAAAUUAAAGAAGAAAGUACAAAUUUAAAAUGAAAAAAUUAACACACUGGAGAAAGAAAACGACAUAUUAAAAAAAAGACCCACUUCAUCGAGUAAUUCAAGUUGUUAACUAAUUUGA